ACCAUUUCGAGUCAAGGAAGGAAGGAAGGCUGGAGUGAGGGCGGGACGCGGGACGGGGGACUGGGAACACUGAGUGACAGUCAAGCAAAGGCAUCGAGCCCCGGGACUGACCGAGUCGACAACGCGCGAACAACACACGAGCCGACUGAUCUUCCUCAGCUCGGGGCUGCGCUCUUAUAUAACCGCGGGCUUCUGAUCUCUCGAUUAAUUGUACUGCCUCGCACCGGAUUGCACGGACGAGGAGCACUAGAUUCGGCGGCGGCGGCAGCAGCAGCAGCAGGUUAGCAAGGCUUCCGUGGACCUGUGCAGGGAGACGAGUUCUUCGCAAAAACUGAGAGCUUUCGGUUGCUGGAUUUGCGCCCUGUUCUCGACGACGGAGGGAGGCAGGGAGUGGGAGCGGGAGUGGUGAGCGUAUAUUUGUGGAAAAAAAUUGGGUCGGUCGAUUCCUCUGUCGGGCCUGGAUGAUGAUCGAGAUGCCUGUGUAGUAAUUAGCACAGGUGCAUUUCCGAUUUGGCUCUCUUCGCUGCGUUGCUCGAUCAUUCGUCGAAAGCCGAGAUUGCAGAUUGUUCGUGCUGGUAGUGGGAGGAGGGGAGGUGGUUGGUUGGUCAGGCGGCUUGAGGUGAACGGGAGUCGGUUGUGUAGCAGCAGGCUAAUCGAUCAGGAGGCAGCAGCAGCGCGCAAUCAUGAACGAUCUUCUGGGAGACUCCAGUCGGGAGUUUUCUGCAGCUGGGGGCGGGAGGACCGCAGGCAGCGUCGAAAUGAGCACGAACGGGAAGAAGAAGAAGCGGGACGUGGAGGCAGGGCGCGAGGAGAACGAGGCUGAAGGGGACCCCGGCAUGGACGAGUUCUUCCGCGAAGAAGCUGCGAUUCAAGGGGAUUUGUCGCAGAUCACGUCGCUGCUGAAGAAGCUGGAGGAAGCGCACCAGGAGUCUCAAACGCUGACGAAUGCCAAAGCCCUGAAGGCCCUGAAGGAGCGUAUGGCACGGGACCUGGACGAUGUGAGCAAGGUGGUUCGGCAUAUCAAAGGCAAAAUCGAAGCGCUGGAUCGGUCGAAUUUGGCGAGCAGGAAGAAACCUAAUUGCGGUGAAGGCACAAGCACCGAUCGCACUCGGAUGGGGCUCACUGCCGGUCUGAAGGUGAAGCUGAAAGACCUGAUGACUCAAUUCGUGAACCUUCGGCAGUCCUUCAACGACGAGUAUCGCCAAGUGGUGGAGAGGCGUGUUUUCACCGUUACAGGGCAGAAGGCCGACGAGGAGAUGAUUGAUCAGCUGAUCGAAACUGGCAACAGCGAGCAAAUCUUCCAAAAGGCCAUUCAGGCUCAAGGGCGAGGUCAAAUUCUGGACACGAUCGCUGAGAUCCAGGAGCGGCACGACUCUGUGAAGGACAUCGAGAAGAAGCUGCUGGAGCUGCACCAGAUCUUUCUGGACAUGGCUGUGUUGGUCGAGGCUCAGGGUGAGCUGCUCGACAACAUCUCGAAGAAUGUCUCUACAGCUCAAGACUACGUGGCACGUGGUGGUGUCGCGCUUGGGCAAGCGAGAAAGCUGCAGAAGGGGACCCGUAAGUGCAUGUGUUAUGCAGUCAUUCUCUUGCUGAUCAUCAUCCUCAUUAUUGUGCUCGCCACCGUCAAGCCCUGGCAAAAGUGAUCGAAUCCCUCGAGCUGUUUAGUACCUCCAUCCCUCCAUUGUUAGAUUGAACUAGUCGGAGCCUCAUCUGUUGUACAGAACAUCUCAAGCUUAUACUUCUGACCUCGAGACCUGGAUUCUUAUUAGGUUUCAGCUCGUCUUUUGUCCCCUCCCCUACAGUCCCCUCCCUCCAUUAGUUAGUGCUUCUGAUAGGUUAUACCUGGAGCUAGCAUGGAUUGCAAUGCGGGGUCCUACGGGGCCCCAGGAUUAUUUUGCCCAUUUUGAGCAGUAGGAAUAGUAGGGCAUGAGCAGUCGAUCACGUUAUCCAAUGUAUCAUGAUAUUCCUUCACCGAAUCAUCAAAACUAUCUGGUGUCCGAUCAUCAAAUUUGUUUCUC